AUGCCUCGUUCAUCCUACUCAGGGAACUCCCGGUCGUCGUCGAGGUCCUCGUCGGCAUCGUCUUCGCGCUCGGGAAGUUCCAAGAAGUCGAGAUCCUCCCAAGUCUCCCACUCCACCAUCAAGAGCGACCACUGGGCCGUCUCCUUCAUGAAAUGGACCACCGGCGCCCCCCUCGGCAAGCCCCUGGCCCUGCGAAGGACCGAGGUGAACUAUGACGACUGGGAUCAGUUCGACGACAGCGCCACCAUGUGGAGCGAUGCGUCCUCGUCGUCGUGCUCGUACGCCUGGGUGACCCCGAGAUUCGAUGACAGCAUCUCCGUCAUCGCGGGCCGGCCCAGCAGCCGGUCCUCUCGCCGGUCGUCCUCCCGGAGGGAACACCACCACCGGCCGCGGACCCCACCCCGGUUCCCCCCGCCGCCUCCCGCUUGGCAUCAGCCGCCGCCACCUCCGGGUCCUCCUUUCGGACACAACGCCGGGCACCCGCCGCCACCACCGUUCGUGCCGCCUCAGCCGGCAUUCUACGACGAGGAAGACUACGACGAAGGCGAUGACGACGAGUACGACGACGGCGAGGACUACCAGCAACAGCCUGCGUUCCAUCAAAUGCCUCCCCCACCCCCUCCUCCGCCAAUGGGCGGUGGCGGCGGUGCUGCACCCUUCAUCAAUAUCAGUGGUGGCGGCGGUGGCUCUCGCAAGUAUGAGGAUUGGUCGGACUGA